UCUCUUCUCCUUUGUCAAAAACUCAUUACCAAAACUAAGAUUACCAAAAAGAUAGGCAGGAGAUGCUGAAGAUGUUGUCUGUAAUAAGGAGAAACCUCCAAAACCUUCGAAAAAGCCCGCGUGUGGCCGACGAAAGCUCGUUGCCUUCGACAACCGUUAAUGGAGAAGAUAGAUCAGGAAACGGGAGUAACUCCGUGAUGAUGAAGUUUCCAUUAUCGAUCAUGUCUUGCUUCGCAGUUCCACGUGGAAGCAUGACAGAUGGUGUGUGGGUGUCGGGAGAUUAUGGCAGGGUCUCGGAGGUUAACCAUCUCAUGGUUUGUGAUGGCAUGAGAUACGCUCUCUUAAUGUAAUUAGCUUAUUGACUUUUUGUUUCUAUAGAUAGCAAUGCAUCGAUCUUACAAUACCCAUUUGUUUUUGUUACUUCUUUUGUUGAUGGAGUUUACUAUAUUAGGGCAUCUUAUGAGAUUAUACAAUGGGGUUUUCACCUCUUUUUUUU